AUGUCGUCGGGUACUGUUCACUUCCCCGCCAUUCUUGUAACCGUCACCUGUAAUCCGCGCAGGUGUGUCCGCACCCCCCUGAGUGGACGAGAAAGAAAGGAUUUCUCGAAGCAACCCCGGUUCCAGACCCAGGAGUCAACUUUCCCGUAUGAGCAUUCGGUACAUGUAUCAGUCCGUGGAAGGGUGAAAGGGUCACCACUACUGAGGAUCUCCCCCCUAAUCUUAGAUAGGUCGUCGAGGGUUCGCCGCGGUUCAUUGCUGUGCUUACACACUAGGCUACCCUUCUCUGAAAGCUCCGCAGGACCACCUACCACUAGUCUUCGGCCGGAGGGGUUUAUUGCACAAACGCCGGGACGCAGGCUCCCGAAGAGGGAAGCCCAACGAAUAUCAGAUGCAAAGCCCCGCACCUCAUUAAGAUCAUAUUGGCAUACUCUCCCAAAAAAAAAAGAGCAGACCCCAUUGAAGACGAGAGUGAGGUACAACAAGGCCAUUUCUGUCCACCGCCCUUCUCACGGAGCCGCACGUGGACGUUACCGCUCAUACAGCUCCCAGCCAGCAAGAGUUAGCCUUCCCCUACAAGGAAUGGAAGUGUGGAUGAAUCGACAUCAAAUAGAGGAAUUCGGUUUUUCUUUUCAGCAAUACCAUGAUAAGAGCAUCCCUUUCACAAAAACCUACGGAUCCUCCCCCCCCCUAUCCUGCCACUUCAGGACCUUGUGA